CUGUUCUACAUCAACCCCAGGUGUUCGCAUAAUUCCACUCCAGUUACUACCUUUCAGAUUGACAAGCGGCUGGGUGGCGUGACCACGGAUGCAGAGUUACACGUUCGAUCAGGCAUUUGGGCUGCAGGAGACACGGCAUCGUUCUACGACAAAUCGCUGGGUCGACGAAGAAUUGAGCACUGGGAAAAUGCCCAGGUGAGUGGGCGAUUGGCAGGAGAAAACAUGACAGGUGCUGGCAAAGCCUUUUGGUAUCAACCUGCGUUCUUUUCUAAAAUUGCUCCUCAUUGGCAUAUCAACGCCGUCGGUAUCACAGAUUCAUCGCUACCAACGGUUUCUGUGUUCGCAAAAGAUGACAACGCCAACGAGAGCUUUGAACGUGGUGUCGUAUUCUAUAAAGGAGAUGACGGAAAGGUUGUUGGUGUGCUUUUACUCAAUGUGUAUGGCUCCGGUGUCGAUGUUUCGCGGCGGUUAAUCGAAGAAGCGAGAAGCGUAGACGAUUUUCAACAGCUUGCAAAGCUAUAUGCAGAACCUGAAGAACAAGAGAAAAGAAGGAAGAAAAACCUGAAAAAGUCAAUUAGGUUGUUUUCACUGAUAUUUGUCGGGCAAUUUUAUGUGUCAAGAUCUUGUUUUACCUCUUCUAUUUCUCGUUAUUCAUCACAAAUAGGCGUCCUCACGGAUUGA